AUGUCAUUUCUUCUUCCAUGGUUUGGUCACUAUUCAUUCGUUGCCAUCUUGCUAGGGUUUGGAUUACUGCAACUAGGUGCAAAUGGCCAGGUCUAUAGAUUGUACGGCGAAAAGAAAUUGGCUACUUCCACUAUCACCGUCGAUCAAUCCGGCAAGGGAAACUUCACGAAAAUACAAUCCGCCAUUGAUGCCGUUCCUUCGAACAACAACAAUUGGGUGUGUAUCAAGAUUUCCGCCGGCACCUAUAGGGAGAAGGUGAAAAUCCCUUUUGAUAAACCGUACAUAAUUUUGAAAGGAGAAAACAAGCGACGAACACAAAUUGUUUGGGAUGAUAUUGGCCCUGUUGAUCAAAGUGCCACUUUCACUUCUCAAGCUCCUAGUAUCACUGUCAAAUCCAUCACUUUUGCUAAUUCAUACAACAAUCCUUUUAAUAGCAAUCAUCAAGUCACACAAGCAGUGGCAGCUAUGGUUAGUGGGGAUAAAACUUCAUUUUAUAAAUGUGGAUUUUUUGGGUUUCAAGACACUUUGUGGGCCGUUGAUGGGCGCCAAUUUUACAAGAAAUGCACUAUCCAAGGUGCUAUUGAUUUCAUAUUUGGUCAUGCUCAGGCCGUUUUCCAGGGAUGCUCCUUAUCAGUGCUUGCCGGAAAUCUCCAGCCUGGUGGGAUAGGGUACAUAACAGCACAGGGGAGAGAGCAUCCAAAUGAUUCCGGCGGGUUUAUUUUUAAGGAUUGCGUGGUGCAUGGUACUGGUUCAACCUACUUGGGAAGGGCAUGGAGACCUUACUCGAGGGUCAUUUUCUACAAUUCUAACAUAUCAGUCAUCGUAGUCCCUCUUGGUUGGGACGGUUGGCAGGCUCUUGGCCAUGAGGAUCAAUUGACGUUUGCAGAGUAUGGGUGCUACGGAGCAGGAGCAGACACUUCAAAGCGUGUGAGUUGGGAAAAGAAGCUUAGCCCUGGUAUGGUGCGGCAGUUUACUAGUUUGAAUUACAUUGAUUCUGAAGGAUGGCUCAUUAACCAGCCUUUCUGA